GUCUUGGUCGGUUAUUGGUCCUGUGUGGUUGGCGAAAGCGACAAAACUCCGUGAGCUCUGCUCGACGACUCCAUUCUCCAUUCUCGAUUCUCAAUUCUCGAUUCUGCACUCCGCCAUCCAAUUUGGCCCAGUGCCGACGAGGACUAGAAACGCGAUUAAACCGAGGACAUUCGUGCGUAUGUCGGUGAUAGUGGGUGUGUGCGUAUGUGUUUGUUCUGCGUACGUGUGUCUGUGUGAAAAACGGUGAAUAAUUUUCUAGAGCCUCAAGCCAAAAACUAUUCGCACUUUUAUUCCAAAAGAAAAGAAAAAUUAAAACUAAUCUUGGUAGAACUUUUGAAUUUUUUCAAUUCAUUUUCAUCAGUGGUCCUUUUCGCACUCCCUCGCCCCCGCUGUCCCCCGCUGUAGUGGUUUUGACAAAUUAAAAUGCAUAAAUUAUGAAUGAAAGUACCGUUACGUGCGUGACAACCAAUCAUUUGUUAUUAUUAUGCACGUGGGCCAGCCAGCGAGCGAAAACAAAGUGUGAGAGCAAGUGAGAAGGCAGGCACCAGAGGGCAAGAAGCUAACUGGGCUAAAACGUCCUGCCGGCUGGCAAGGAGUCUUCUCUUCUUUAAAGUUCCACCCAAAAAAAUAGAGCAGCGAAGAGCAAGGAAUCGUCAGGAGCAGAAAUAGCAGCAAUAAACUCUUGUUUCAACCAAGUUUGGUGCUUGAAGUAAAGGAAACUAAACUCGACUGGAAAUAAAGGAAAAAAAUUGGGAGGCAAACACAAAUAGUGGAGACAAAGUACAGACAGGAUAUAGCAUGUAAAUGCGACUGCCUACACACGUAUUGUCCUGUGGAUGUGUGCUUAAUAGGAAAAGCAAAUAGCAACGAGCUCAUGGAAAAUAAAUAUAAAUAAGCCAACGCCGACAACAAUAGCUGGGAAAAGCGACAAGGAAAGCAAUUGGUUGACGCUUUCCCUCGUCGGCGGUCAAGGAAAAUUUAUUGCAUUGCACAAAUGAGACAAGGCGAAAACGCAAACGAAGCAGAGGCGAACAUGGACAAGAAAAAUAACCAAAAUUUGAGCAACAAAUUGAAAAAUUAAAGUUUCGCAGAAAGGAAACUUUUGGUGGAAAAACUCUAGACAUAAAUCAAGCACCCACAGUAUGGAUUCCGGACAUAGAAGAUACUCGUUCGCCUAUGGCAUCGCGGCCUGGCUGCUGCUCCACAUUUUCUUCGAAACCGCCGAAUGCCUGACAAUGACCGAAAUUAAAAUCCCCAAGCACAUAAUGCGGCACGAGGACGCGGUGCUCGGUUGCAAGUUUGAUCUCGACGGGGAGUCGCUGUACUCGGUGAAGUGGUACAAGGACGGAUUCGAGUUCUACCGCUACGUUCCGAGGGACAUGCCGCCGGGACAGGUCUUCCCCCUUCCAGGAGUCGACGUUGAGCUACAAAACUCAACGGAAUACGCCGUCGUCCUGCGCUCUGUGAGCCUUCAGUCCACUGGCCGAUAUCGCUGCGAAGUGUCCGGCGAGGCGCCUUCGUUCCAGACAGUUUCCGGUCACGAGGACAUGAUUGUUGUGGUGACACCGAAGCACGGACCACAAAUCACGGGCGGACAGCCCCGAUACCAAAUUGGCGACAUGGUGCGCGUCAAUUGCACCUCGGCGGCCUCGAAACCGGUCUGCCACCUCAGCUGGCAGAUAAACGGGAUGCACGCCAACCGCUCCCUGCUCCGGCCCUACGAACCGCUGGUGGUGGGCAGGGAGGGUCUGGAGGUGGCUCGCCUGGGGCUGGAGUUCCGGGUGAGAGGAUGACAUUUUAAGCACGGCGACAUGAAGUUAAAGUGUGUCGCCAAAAUCUCCUCCGUGUACUGGCAGAGCAACGAGGAGAGCGUGGAGAGCGACAAGCACCAGAGGAUUCCGGUGCUAGAGUCCCGGGAGACGGUCAUGUCCAAGUCCCGUCAGUCGCUGGACAAGGCCCAGUCCACGCUUGAAGACAAACAACUGAAGAAGAGCCGACGCCCUGCAGCAGCCACCUCUUCAGCGGCAGCAGCAGCAGCAGCAGCCGCGGCAGGAGCGUCGUCCAGUGCAUCAUCAUCCACCAUGGCGCCAUCAGGGCCGAUCUGGGGCUCAUCUGUGUCCUGGUCACGCAUAUUAGCUUCCAAAUCAAUUGCACGCAUUUCCCUCUACGCACUGCCAGUCUUAAUAGCAUUUCUGUGUAGCUGUCGACCUCCCGUCGCUGGGAGUUGCUGUCAAAGGCGAGGCAACACCAGCACCACCACCAUCAGCAACAGGGACAGAAGCAACAGCAACAUCGGCAUCAGGAAGACAAACAGCAGCCAAUUAAGCUGCGAGUCAGCUGCCCAGCGAAGAUAACAAUUAACCGGGAAGAAUGGCCCGCACAGCCUUGGCAGAACAAGAGGCAAAUAUAAUUAGGUUCCACUGUAAAUAUUUGGAGUUUUCGGUCACAUCAAGUAUACGCCGCGUGGGCGGCCAUCAGCAACUAAUUUGUGUACAUAUCCACAAUGUAUUUUUAUUAUAAAUUAAUUAUUAUAAUUAGUGAAGCAUUGAAAUGUCGUUGUUCCUCUUUGGGCUUUUUUGCUUGUCGUUCUUAGGAAGAAAUGCUCAAAGAUGUUGGCUAAGUAACCAAAAAAGUAAAGCUUGAAUGUGUAAAAUAAAAACAAAUCAUCUAUUAGCCAAAAAUCUAGUUGUUAAGAACCUAAAAUAAGAAAGAUUCUUAAUGUAUUUGAAUGCUAAGGGCAGAAAUUAUUAAAACUAGUUGAAUAGUAAUAGUGAAUUAAGGUGUUAAGUGUAAUAACUUGAUUUUAAUCGGUCCUUAGGAACUUGAAAAGUUAUUUAAAAUGUUUUCUUUCUCAGGGUUCUGAAAACCAUUCGAAUUUGUUAAUAUUUUAUAAGUUAUCUAUGUAUAUAGAGUGAUUAACUUUUAUUUUAAACAUCCUGAGAUUAACUUAUUUAUGAAUAUUAUCGAAGAAACCCCUCAUAUCGGAUACACUUUUUAAGAAAGAACACAGCAUCCCGGCAUUUCUUUAUUUCACUGCCCCUAUAUGUAUGACGCACACCUUACGGCAUAUCUCCACUAAGGAUAACUUUGUCUCUCUCUUGUACGACGAACAAAUUGUUAAAUUUUACUAGGAUAAGACCUCCAUUAGCAGAUUAUAACCAAGUAUAGAAGGUGUAAGCCGAAGUCCCUGUGUAGCAAGCAGUCUGUAAAAAAUAUGCGGAUAAUGAAUGUUAUUAAGUCUUAAAAAAACAAUAAAGAAUGCAGAAAAAGAAUACC